AUGAGCAGCGCUGGACGAGAUUUAUCCUCCGCUCUAGAUAUAAAGGGUCUUAGUGAGAUAUCUUUCCAAAACGACGAUGCCAAGUCCUUUUAUCGAUAUACGUCAGGACGAUGGCUCUGGGAUGAGCAAGCACAACUUUCAAAACGCUAUGUUCACUUUGAUUUGACAGAGUUGAAGAGAAUUGCCGUCGAAGCGGCCGGAGCCUCUUCAUGUGUCAACAUGAUCAAGGUCGGCGAAGGGCUUUACAACAAAGCUUUCCUUUUAACGAUGGAUAAUGGGAACGAAGUUCGAAAUAUGCUCAACAUACCUGCUCCAAAAGUAUAUGCGUGGAGCUCUCGGCGGGAUGAGAAUCCAGUCAAAGCUGAGUACAUCAUAAUGGAGAAAGCCCCUGGGAUCGAACUAGAAAAUGUGUGGGAAGGUAUGUCAGGACAACAGAGGUGGGAAGUGUUAAAGCAGGUCGUCGCAUUCGAGAAAAAGUUCGCCUCAACCAGAUUCAAAGCUUACGGAAGCUUGUAUUACCCUCAAGAUAUUCCAAACGUUACUGAUGCUAGACUCGAAUACACGAAUGAAGAUGGCGAGACACAGAACUCUGAAUUCGCCGUCGGGCCUUCGAACAGUCGAUCGUUUUUCGAUCAUGGACGUGGUGAAAUACUUUUGGAUCGAGGACCUUGUAUGAACUUCCACCCUAUAGUACCUGUUGCUAAUAAUCUGCAAGGGUAUUCUGCCGAAGAUUACUUUGUCGCUUCGGCGCACCGAGAAAUCGAGAGCAUCAUGAAACUGCGAGAAUUUCCCAAAUCACAAGGUCUCUUUUAUGGGCCGACACAAUAUCAACCCACGGCGGCCACUAAACUGUCGGCACUUUUCAACUACUUGAAAGUAGCGAGGUGUAUUUUACCUAAGGAGCAAGCAAUGAGUGCCCCGCUAAUGUGGCAUGGGGACCUUCAUAGACGUAACAUCUUUGUCGACCCGCAAAAGCCAACUGAAAUCGUGAGCAUCAUUGACUGGCAAGCCGUCAAUCUGAGACCCAUUCUCGACGAACAGAAGAAAGCCAAAGAUCUACUCUCUAAACAAUCACUCUACAAACUGUGGGAGGUCGAAACUCGCCGUGAAAACCAAGAUGCAGCCCGAGCUUUAGAUCACCAAGACACUCUGGGAGUUCUGAUCAGUGGACUAGCUGGCUCAAUAUUCACCGAUGGUGAGCCUAUCAUUACCGGAUUACUUAUGGCUCUUGAAGACAAAUGGACAAAGGUCGUUGGAACGACGGCCAAUGGCCAACCGACCGUGCCUUGGCCACUCAACUUCUCAGCACAGGAAAAGGCCAUUCAAAAAGAUCAUGAAGCACAAUGA